AUGUCUGGUGAUCUUUUUGAUUAUUCCUUAUUCCAGAGACACUCUAGUAGUUCCAUUGCGGGUGAAGCUAUCAAAGUAAAAGAUCCCUCGUUUCUCCUCUCUUAUUGGCCCAUUCUGAUUUGUAUCAGCCCUCCCCCGACAGCACCCCCGACAGCACCCCCGACAGCACCCCCGACAGCACCCCCGACAGCACCCCCUACGCCCCCUACAGAAGACUCUCCUACAGAACAAUCUAUUGACCCGUUCCCGAGAGAUUAUGCCAGUCAAUCUCGAAUUUCGUCUCAAGUGAUCAACGACCCCUAUCCACACUAUCAUAGUGUGGAAGGGACGUCGUCAAAUGGUUCUUACCAGCCGUGUAUUGGACCCGGCGGGCAAACCCUGAGCCGCAGAAAUGAAGAUAUGAUGAUGAGCGGGUUUCGUUGGAAUACUUCAGAUUUUCCAACACCAAUUUUUGGAUCAUAUGAGUCGUGGAAUUUGAACAAGAGUCUAUGUGCCGAUCGCUACUCCCGAUAUGGCGCAUAUGGUUAUCUCCAGGGCAAUCAAAGCACUCAAAUCCACGAUUCGCAGAAUACAACUGGUUCCAACAAGACUGCCGAAAUAGACUGGAAGAAGGUCGACUGGGCUAAUUUGCAAUCUGAGUGUCUGCAGCGCAAUAGCGAUCGAUAUCGCACGCAACCAUCUGAAGAGAGGAUUGUCGCUCUGUACAAGUCACUGGAUAAGGAUGUAAAGCCUCGCGAGCCCUUGAACGAAACAAGCAAGAUCCAAUCCCGGACAGCUGUUAUAUUGCGCUCUUGGCUCGGUAUGAAAUACACCGAGAACGACUUGUAUCACAUUCGAUCGAUGAUUAUGGAGUUGGCACUCUACUCAGGUGCGGAAUAUGAGCUUAUUCUCAUGAUCGACUGCCAGGGCGAGAAAUUGCCUAAAAAGACUGAUCACGCUGCCUGGAAGGAAUUCGAAGAGAAAUAUUUGCCACAGGAGCUGCGCAGUCUGGCGGUAUGGUUUAACGCGGAUAUGUUAAACGAUUGGUAUCCUGCGAUUGAGGUUCAUGUAGCGAUAUUGCAAUAUUUCCAGCCCACGCAGAUCUUCUCACGACUACACCCUCAGUACGACUACAUCUGGCAGUUUGAGAUGGACUCGCGAUACACCGGCCAUAUGUACGACCUUUUGCACAAGGCAACAGAGUUUGCGAAACAACAACCACGAAAGUAUCUCUGGGAGCGUAACUCCCACUUCUAUAUUCCUGCUGUCCACGGCACCUGGGAAGAGUUCACGAAGAAGGUGGACCAGGAAAUGCUUGGCCAUGACAACGGCACUGUUUGGGGCCCUCGGCCCGCAGAAGGCAUUGACAUCAAAGGACAAGCCAUUAUGCCUCCUGUGCCACACCCAGCAAAUGAGACAGGGACCUGGGGCGUGGGUGAAGAAGCCGAUCUGAUCACCUGGUUGCCCCAUUUCAACCCAGUUGGUACGGGCUGGCCUUUCCGUGACCGUGUCUUCAAUUUCCCUCAAGAUCAAGAGACUCCACGCUGGGCAGCUGUCGUGGCAAUGUCGCGCAUCUCGGCACGACUUCUCAGUCUGACGCAUAACGAUAAGGUGAAAUUGGGGGUUGGUCUCGCAUCCGAGAUGUCCCCUAUAUCCUGGGCUUUGUACUAUGGUUUCAAGGCGGUCCAGGUCCCUCAACCGGUGUACCAUGAUGCCAUAUGGGAUCCUGAGGAAUUGAACCGUCGCGCCAACCCGGGUGAGCCUGGCAAGGUCAACGCUGGGGUUGACAGUAUCUGGAGCUGGGCCAAACAUGAUGACAUUCUCUACAACACGACGUUUAUGUUUGAUUCUAAAUUUGCGGAGAGACUAUAUAGAGCCUGGAUGGGAUAUGACAGCGCCAAAGAGUGGGAGAAGGAAAACCCUCGACUCUGUCUUCCUCCUAUCUUUUUACAUCCGGUCAAGAACAGUGAGUCUGUGAAGACAUAA